AUGGCAAAGAAUAAUGCAACACUCCAAAGCCAAACAACUUCUUUAAGAAAUUUGGAAAUACAAUUGGGACAAAUGGCAAAUAAGUUGAAAAAUAGGCCCCUUGGUACUUUGCCUAGUGACACCGAAUAUCCCAAGAGAGAGGGGAAGGAACAGUGUAAAGCUAUAACUAUAAGGUGUGGCCUCAACUGCGAGCAGACUAUUUCAGAAUCAGAAAUUCMCACAGGGACCGAAACUCAGCAUGAACCUGAAAUUAGCAGAGGAAAAAGAGCAGCAGAAGCAAAAUCAGUAGAGGAAGCAGAACCAAGAGGAGCACCAGUCCAGAAAAGUGUGCAAACACCAGAGAAAUAUAGUCCACCUCCUGCUUAUCUUCAAAAGCUUCAAAUAAAAAACCAAGAUGAUCAACUCAAGUAUUUUUUGGACUUGUUGAAGCAACUCCACAUCAAUAUACCCUUAGUUAAGGCUAUUGAGCAGAUGUCUAACUAUGCAAAAAUUUUGAAAGAUUUCUUGACUAAGAAAAGGAGGUUUGGAGAGUUUCAAAUGAUAACUUCAACGAAGGAGUGCAGUGCAAUUUUAACAGACAAGCUGCCACAGAAAAUCUGGGAUCCAGGGAGUUUCACUAUUCCAAUCUCUAUUGGUGGAAAGAAUGUGAGCCAUGCUAUAUGCGAUUUGGGUGUAAGCAUAAACCUUGUGCCAUUAUCAGUAUAUCAAAGGUUGGGUAUUGGUGAAGCAAGACCUACCAUGGUUUUUAAAGAAGAGCUAAGAAGAGAAGGAAGUGCUGAACCAGAGAGGAAAAGUCAAAGCAUUUUCWAGUCAGAGCAUAUAAAAGCUGGAGCAUAG